UCGAGAUUCCGUAUCAACGUCUCUUGUCACAGCAAUUGGCAACACAGCAAAGAGCCCUCAAUCAUGGCAAUGAGAGUUUCGAAUGGCCGAGCGCUGGCUUCAGCUGUGCGAUCGAGUAGGACUGCCUUGACCCCGCGCAACAACACUAUAAUUCGAGGAUUCUCGUCGACCCAGAAUGUCCAGGUCGUUGUCUCUUCAGACCAGCCAAACAUGCGACACGCCACAAGGCAGCCUGAUGCCCCCGGAGGACUUCAUAUGCCUAUAGUCAAUCCGGCGGACAAGUACGCGGCAAAGGCUGCCGAUAUGCACCAGUAUGGAUCGUGGCUUAUGGGGUGCUUGCCAAAAUACAUUCAGCAAUUUUCAGUCUGGAAGGACGAGCUAGUAAUCUACAUCUCUCCAUCCGGUGUCAUCCCAGUUUUCACUUUCUUGAAGUACAAUACUGCAGCGGAAUUUACACAAGUUUCAGACAUUACGGCCGUCGACUUUCCCACUCGAGACCAGCGAUUUGAAGUCGUUUACAAUUUGCUGAGCGUCCGUCACAAUUCAAGAAUUCGAGUAAAGACGUAUGCGGACGAGGCUUCUCCUGUUCCCAGUAUUACGAGUCUUUAUGAUGGAGCAAACUGGUAUGAGCGAGAGGUGUAUGAUCUUUUUGGGGUUUUCUUCAUUGGCCAUCCAGAUUUGCGACGUAUCAUGACGGACUACGGCUUUGAUGGGCAUCCGUUACGGAAAGACUUUCCUCUGACAGGAUAUACCGAGAUUCGGUAUGACGAAGAAAAGAAGAGAAUUGUGGUAGAACCUCUGGAGUUGACGCAGGCCUUCCGAAACUUCGAGGGUGGCACAGCAGCUUGGGAGCAAGUUGGACCCGGCGUUGAUAGAAAGCCAGAUUCGUUCAAAUUGCCAACACCAAAGCCGGAAGAGAAAAAGGAGGAACCAAAGAAAUAGAUUCGAUGGUUCCAUUGUACAUAAGUUCUGUUGCUAUACAAAGUUAGUCGAUGUCACAGAAGUAGGGAAAUAUUCUGCAGAUUGAUACUCCACCUUACUUGGAACUAUACCACCGACCUGUGUGCAGCAACCGAGCAGGCAUUCCUCAAAG